AUGUCUGGCAUCAUUAUUGAAGAAAUUGACCAAGAUACUGUUCAUUUUUCAUUUACUAAUGGCUCAUUGAAGGUACUCAUACAUAAUGGUGAUUUAAGUCGAGAGCCAUGCGAUGCUGUUGUCAAUCCUACAAAUGAAUCCAUGGUGCCCGAUGGAGGAUUAGAUGCUCUUAUACAUCAACAGAUGGGCCAAUUUUUUACAGAUCAAGUCGUUGCAAUUCAUAAAGAAAUGAACAAUCAAUCGUGUCCAGUUGGACAAUCGCGGAUUUUUAUUGCAAAAUUUAAUUGUGCAGAACAUGAACCACGCUUCGUCAUUAGUACUGUAGGUCCAGUUUAUCAAGAAUCAGAGAAAGAACGUGCCGCUUUUCUACUACAAUCAUGUUAUUAUACAUCGUUAGCACUUGCUAAUAUUUAUCAACUAGCUUCCAUAGCUUAUCCUGCAAUAUCUUGUGGAGCCAAUCAUUUUCCUGUACACGAAGCCGCCCGUGUAGCUAUCGAUUCUAUAAGACGAUUUUCAUUCAAUGUAAAAGAAGUUCGAUUUGUUUUGUAUGAUCGUUCGACAUUCGAUAUUUUCAUUCGAGAAUGGACCGAUUAUGCGCAACAAGUAAAUAAAGAGGCAAAUAUUGGUGACCACAUUACUGAUGUCAUAAGUGAGUCACCUAAAACGUCCGCCAGUAAACCACCUGUGCCACCUAAACCAACAACUCGCUUUUGUGUACUCUGUAAACAAAACAUGUUGCCUACUGGUCGAACGAUUUUAUGUCUUGCUUGUUCACAAUUGGCACGUGCACAAGUAUUUAAAAUGUUUUUAUCAAACUUACGUACGGCUAGUGAAAAUUCCUAUAAUGAUCUUGUGAAAGAAUGCCAAUUAUUACAAACAGUUUUAACUCUAUAUCCACUCACCUAUACUCCAGUUCAAGUAUUUGAUCAAGUUGCUCAUAUGCGUGAUCAGGUUGCUGAACAUUACAUACAUCAAUAUUGUAGUACAUUAUUUCGUAACUUUAUUCCGAUUUCAAUUGCUGGCGAUGGAAAUUGUUUUUACAAUUCUUUUGUUCAAUUAGGAGGAGUAGGUUCAACGACGGAUGGGUCUCCUUUGACGUCAAUUGAACUUCGAGCCAGAAAUGUUGUCGAACUUGUUCUAAAUAUAGAUGAUUAUAAAUCUCAAUAUGAUCGUCUCUUGUCCAUUCUUGACAAUUUUGAAGAAUACGCAAGAAAAGAAAUGGUUCAUGAUACGAAUUAUGUUGGCAUUUGGGAUCUACUCAGCAUACCAUCUGUUUUAAAUAUUCAUUUAAUUGCUGCUUAUCCAAAAGUCAAUGGGAAUGAGGAUUUAAAUGUUCAGUUGUUAAAUGAGUCAAUGUUUCCACCAUUGAACGAAGGGAAUGAUAGCCAAAAUCAAGCGAAAAAAUCAGAAAUACCGCCGACAUACAAAGAAGUUAGAUUACUUUUUUCCCAUGCGAACAGACCCUUUGCUGGUCGGUUGCAAGCGAAACAAAUGUGGUCACCUAAUCAUUUUGUUCCUCUGCUUAAUAUGAGAUAA